AUGGAUUUAUUUACGAGUCAAAGUUUCGACGGUGGCAAUGAUCAAGCAAAUCAACAACCACAAAGUGGUCUCGAAGAGACAUUAAGAAGUAAUCAUAGUUCAAGAAUGGAUUUCAAUAAAAAUGGAAUAUUUGUUGAGCGUGCACUUGCUUUGAUUAAGCCAGAUGCUGUUAAUAAAGCUGAUGAUAUUGAAGCAAUUAUUCUUAAUCAUGGUUUUUCUAUUCUACAAAAACGACGUGUGACAUUAACAGCUGAACAAUGUUCAGACUUUUAUAGUGAACACUAUGGAAAAAAGUUUUUUCCAAGUCUAGUUGCUUUUAUGACAAGUGGUCCAAUAGUUGCUAUAGUUUUAUCAAAAGAAAAUGCAAUUCAACAAUGGAGAGAAUUGAUUGGACCAGCAAAUUCAAUUGUUGCAAAAGAAACACAUCCUGAUAGUAUUCGAGCAUUGUUCGGAAGCAAUGAGCAAAAGAAUGCAGUACAUGGCAAUGACAGUGCAGUAAGUGUCGAACGUGAAAUUCGGUUUUUCUUUCCCAAUUGUAUUGUCGAACCAAUUCCAGUCGGACAACCAGCCAAAGAUUAUCUUGAACAAAAUGUUAAUAGAACAAUAAUAAAAGCAUUGACAGCUUUAUGUAAAGAAAAACCUAAAGAUCCAGUCAUAUGGCUAGCGGAUAAAUUAAUGGAAAUAAAUCCAUAUAAACCAAAACUAAGUCAAGUAGAAGUACCAUUAUCUUCUGAUUGA